AAUGUAUCGGCGUCUGAGGAAAGAUCUCCAAGUGACAGCUUCAGUGUUGUCUUCAAAGAGUUCAGCUGAAACGUUCUACCUCUUUGAUUUCGGAAUUUAAGUCGUUACCGAGUACCUUCACAGGCAUUUCAGUCGCUCUCAAACAUCAAAACAAGAGUGUCAUGUGGGACUAAGAGGGGGAUGAGCAGUCAUGCUUGCUACCCAAACACCAGAAAUUGGCUCGGACACCAAAGACGUGAAACAGUGGAUCAAAGAGAAGAUCGCCCAGACCAUCAAAGCCCUACAGAAGCGCUACGUGGCGACGGACACAGCGGUAACCAGCGAGGAUGCGGAGGUCAACCUGCUGUGUUGCGCCCUGGAGGCUGUCUUCAUCCAUGGCAUCAAGAGCAAGUACAUCAGAUCAGAGGUCAGAGGUCGCGGGCGGAAAGGGGGCGGCAGGGACAGUGUCCUCCCCCAGCCGGACUUCUGGGGGCUUCUCAAGUCUGUCACUCACAGAGACGUGAUUCUGGAGCUGGAGCGCCUGAGCUUCAUCAGUUCUGGGGUGGGCCGCUGCCGGGCCUGGGUUCGUCUGGCGCUUAACGACGGGCUGCUGGAGUGCUACCUGGCCUCUCUGCUGAGGGAGGACUCCAAGCUCUCUGGGUACUACCAGCAGGGGGCGCUGCUGCUGGACCCAGAGGACCGUGAGGUGCUGCUGAGCCUGCUGCAGGGCCUGGCCUCCCUCUCCUUCCAGCUGUCCUACAAGUCCGCCGUGCUCAACGAGUGGACCGUGACCCCGCUGGCCCUCGCCGGCCUCUGCCCGUCUCCGCCGCCGCCCGCCGACCUCGCCGCGGCAGCCGGGCGCUGCCCGCCCCACGUGGCCAGCAACGGCAAGCGCAAGGAAUCCUGGGACACGGCCUCGCAGUCGUCGUCCGGGGGUUCCGACGCGGGGGUGGUGGGUCGUGGCGGCGGCGGCGGGGUGGGGAUGGAGGGGGGUGCGGAGACGAGGUCGUCCAAUCAGAGCCUGGACACGGCGGGCUCGUCACAGCUGUCCUCCAGUCUGAGCUCCGACAGCCUGCUGCAGGGGACGGAGAGGGACUCGUGGGACAUCAGCCAUGCAGACGUCAGGAGAGCAUACAGAGAAGCGAGCACAACCUCCAGUCAGGACUCCAUGAGGGAGGACUCCUACAUCUCCAGCCUCACCGGUGACCAGCUGUCUGAGAGCACAGCAUUCAGCAGCUUAGACAACGACACACACACGCCCGCUACCGACACACACACGCCCGCUACCGACACACACACGCCCGCUGCCGACACACACACGCCCGCUUCCGACACACACCUCCCAUCACCUCUUCGCACACACACACCGGGCCCCGACUCCCACCUCACAUACACUCGCAACACGAAUCGUACGUCGCCCACGACCAGUGAUGUUCCCACACAAAUCCACAUCACGCCUGUCUCACACGCCUCAGCUGAGGACACACACUCCACACCCCCCCCGAUCAGAGACACACGCCAGUCCCCCAUCGCUGGCAGAGAUGCCCCUCUCACUUCGACCCCGGCAGAUGACGCCCGUUGCAAAGACACACACCUAGGGCCGACUUCGGCAGUCGAUGCACAGCUCGCACACAUGCAGACCAUUAUUGACACCCUCGUCACACACACACAACCCGGCGACACACACACACACCUGCAGGUGGAGCGGAGCACUUUAACGGACACGACCGUGGAGGUUCUGAGGCAGAACAAGCGGGCGAGGAGCCCGAUGAGACGGAACCGUUCUCCUGACGGAACGUCAACGAGUCCCACCCCAGAGGAAUCUUCCAUUACCUCGGCGACGACAUCUGACACCGCCACGGCGACGACCUCUGACCCUGAGGAGAACGCAGAGGAGCCUAGUCAGCUGAUCCAUGCGUCACCAUGCCCCGCUGAGCCGGUGGUGUUUCCACGGCGAUCUGGAAGCACCAUAAGCAGACAGAGAUCAUCAGACUUCCAUAACCCCACUUCGUGGAUCUCCGAGGAGGACUUCUACAAACCCGCCACGGAAGAGUCCAGUAGCCUGACGGAUCAGCCCGGUUUCGGGGUGGCUCUGCUGAACGGGUCGCUGUCUCCGCCACCAGAACCAGAGGUCCCCCAGUCUGCCCCCAGGGUGGUCCACCGCAGACAGAUAGGUCUGUCUAACCCGUUCCGUGGGCUGCUGAAGCUGGGUACCCUGGAGCGGCGCGGGGCGGUGGGCAUGUGGUGGGAGCACCACUGUGAGCUGUCCCCCUUCGAGCUGCGCCUCUACCUGGACCCCGAGGACCGCGCCGCCUGCGACAACUCCUCCCUGCUGCGCUGCGAGGUGGCGCGUCUCCACGGCGACGACGGCCGCUUCGUGCUGGCCUUCGCCGCCGGCAAGCGGCUCCACCUGCGGGCGGGGUCGCGCGGCGAGGCCGAGGACUGGGUGGAGCGCAUCCAGGAGGCCGUGGCCAAGAUCCGCCCGGCGACCAAGCGAGGCCCCGACGACGAGUGGGAGGUUAUCCGCGCCCCGAAGGCCACCGAGAGCGAGACGUCCACGUCGCCGUCGUCCCCCUCGACGCCCACCUCCGCCCCAACCAGCCCCGCCCACGCCCCAGUGGCCCCACCCCUGCCCCCUCAGCUCCUCCCUCUGGACUGGACCCGGCCAACCGACCCCGAACCUGACGCCAUCAAAGAGGCGGUGGUCUACCAGCUGGCCUCCACGUCCACCCGGGGGCCCUUGCUCUCCCCCUGCCCGCCGCCAGAGGACCCUUCCCUGGGCUGGACGCCGCUGCUGCUCUCCCUGUCCCUGGAGGCGCUGCGGGGCUACCGCUGGCAAACGACAGCGGGCGGCGGCGGCGACGACGACGAAGACGGCGGCGGUGGCGACCACGGCCACAAAGCACCCCUCUUCCGCCACGCCAUUCAGACGGUGCGCGACGUGGUGCCCGACGCCGCCCGCGGCGGGCCCGAGUACUUCCGGGUCGUGACCUCGGACGGCGUGACGCUCACGUUGCGGGCGGAGAACGCGAAGGAGGCGCGGGCGUGGCGGGACCUCAUCCGCGGAGCGCUGGACUCCUACCUGGACACGGAGGAGGAGGGGUUGCCGGAGGGGGCAGGGCCUGUGGCCGGGGGAGGAGGCGGGGCUAUGGCAGGAUGGGCGGUGUCAGUGCAGGGAAGUAUUCAGCGAUUGGUCCAGCACCGGCUGAAGGGGGAGGCGGCGGCGCUGCUACCACACCUGUGCACCGUGCCCACAGAGAGAGGACUGGACGCCCAGAGCUUCAAAUGCACAGGCUGUAGUAAGCAGAUAGGUUUCUCCGCGGGCAGAGCCAGACUCUGUGAGUUCUCGGCUCAAUACUACUGUGAGUCCUGUCACCGCGGCGAUGCCAUUGUCAUCCCCUCUCGUCUGGUACACAACUGGGAUCUGACACCACGAGAGGUCUCCAGGCAGGUCCUUAAGCUGCUUGCUCAGAUUGAGAAUGAGCCCUUGCUGAACCUCGACCUCCUGAACCCUGACCUUUACAACCACACCGAAACCAUGGCGAUCGUGCGGACGCUCCGCCAAAAGCUCCGUCUCCUUGGCGACUAUGUGCUCCUGUGCCGCAGUGGAAUCAACAAGAAGCUGCAGGCCAGGCUAAACCAGAGGAGCUACCUGUUGGAGUCUGACCAGCUCUACAGCGUCACGGACUUAUGGCAGGCUGCGGAUGGUCAGUACGAGGCCUUCCUGCUCUCGCUGAUCCAGUUCUCGGCCAGUCACGUGCACAGCUGUGACCUUUGCACCCAGAGAGGCUUCAUCUGCCAGAUCUGCAAUGCCGAUGACAUCAUCUUCCCCUUUCAGUUUGAGACCACAAGCAGGUGUAAGGGUUGUAAGUCGGUGUUCCACUCCUCCUGUAGAGAAGACAGUCCCACGUGUCCUCGCUGUGUCCGGCUGCAGAGGUACCUGGAACGAGACCUGCAGGAUUGAGGACUGCUGCUCUGUGGGUCCCUCUAGGCUUGCCGUACCCUCCCCCACUCCCUCCCUUUCUGACUGGGAGAAACAGACUGGAUCAGCUCUGAUGUCCUCACCCUGAUGCACACAGGCACUGUUUGUCCCAACAGACUUGCUGUAGGCAGAGUACAGGAAAGGAGGGAGGGGAGAGGUACUGUUUGUCCCUCUUUUCUUUCCGUAGCCACGUUCCUCAAGAUGAGCUCUCCUCAGUUAUUACUGGAGGGCUGGACUACAGUAAGAAUGUCACUGCUCAACAGAGGGCCUAUGGAGUUGCUAUUGCAGCCGCAAGUGCUCUUAUUAAAGUGCACACACACGUACACACACACACACACACACACGUACACACACACACACACACACACACACACACACACACACACACCACGAGCAGGAGGUGCCCACUGUCCUCGUGUUGUUGAACGAGACUAGACUCUGGACUAUGUUAGUGGUGUGUCUUGGGACCAAUGCAAUCACUUUUGCACUUUGCUGAGAGGCUCCUGUAGUUACCCUUAACGACACCAUGGCGACCGAUAACCCCCGACUGUUCCCGCGACUCUCCCAGGAGCACCUCUCGACCUCAAGAGAGACGUUCUUCAGGUGCCAAGAGGCCGCCGCUCGCUGCUCCACAAAGACAAGAGUUCGCUCUCUCACAUGACCUUCAGCUGACCUCUGCCACCACGUGAAGGUCAAAGAGGCCUUUCUUGGCUAAGGACCGAAGCCCCUUAAUCAAAAAUAAGAUAAGGUCUGGUGUCACUCAACUUCGUCAGCUGAGUUCAAGCUAGUUUUUAGUUUAAUACACGCUGGUUUAGUUUUAUUCUCUUCUUUUGAAGCAUAAUCUGCAUUAUCUUAUGUUGGUGUGGCCAGGCGCUAAUCAUGUUUACAAGACAAACGCAGGUUUUACAGUCUGCUUUUUUAAAGGUGCUUGCUGAGAUCAGGGAAGUGUCACCUAACGUCCUAGUGAGCAGAGACUGCACUGAGCACAGGGGGACGAUGGUGGCGUCUUAAGAUGUGGACUCUUAAAGAAAACGUUUUCAACCUGGGCCCUAUUUUUAGAACUUUUCGGGACUAAAACGAUCGAAAUCGGUCCAUAAUUGAGUUAGAUUGCCAAAACUGGCAACCGCUAAACAGUUAUUCAAUGAAAUCCUAUGGGACAAGUAUGCACGUCAAAGUAAACCACUUGUUUUAGCCACUGACAGGUGUGUAAAUGUUCUAAUAAGGGUCUGGCAACAUGGACAGGGUCUCUAAGAGAUACACCUGAUUCUGUUUACCUCAAUAACUGUAAAACUGUUAUAUUAAAUGACUGUUUUCGAUUAUCAGAGGGAUCCUGUCUCCUUUGGGUGCCCACAGGCCAGUCGACUACAGGCACUUAACGGGGUGCCACAUCGGAGAUGGGA